UUUUUCCUACGGGUCUCCGCGCGUGCUCACGCGCGUGUGCGUGUAUGUGUGUGUGUGUGUGAGAUGGUUCCCUAACUGCUCACAAACAUCUCAGUAACCUCAUAUAAUUCCCCAUCCCCAGCACUCUGACCUCAUUCCUUCCCACUUGACCUAAAAAUGAUGCCCAAAGAAACCUGGGCAGACAUAGUCACUUUGAAUCCCCGCUCCACCACCAGACAAAUGACAGUUUAGUGUCCCCUCUCUGGGCCUCAGUUUCCUCCUUUGUAAAAUGGGGGGGGGCUACCUUGCCCACUUGUAGGGAGGGUGAAAUGAAAGAACACCAAGAAAGAGCCUAUCGUGCUUAUAAUGCCUUAGGUGCCAGGAACGUCAUCUCGAGUCAGAACACCAGGGAGAUAUUCUUAUCCUUGUCUCUUGGAUUAAAAAUGCCAGGGCUUAAAAAGAGAAGCCACCACUUAGUCAUCUUAGUCACAAAGCUGGUCAGCUGGCCUCAUGUGUUCCUCGUGAGCAUUAAUAGCAGCCAACAUUUACUAAGCACCUACUCUGUGCCGGGUGCUGUGUUCAGUGCUAUCCAUACACGACCCCUUCAAAUUCCUGUUUCCGACCCCACAAGGUGAGGACACAGAGGCUCAGACAGGGAACGAGUUUUUCCCAAGGCCAGUAAGGGGCAAAGACCAAGCUCAGAGUCACAACCCUGACAGCCUUCGUGCAGCGGGCACCCCAAACUCUGGCUCUUUCAGGCUUUCAUCCCAGAGCUUGCCAGUGACGAAUCAGGCCUUGAACUAGCCUCUUCUCCUCAACCAAACAAGCUCCCCCCAGGGGAUUUGUGGCCACCACAGGUGCAAGGAACAGUUCCUCCCCACUCACAUCCUGAAGCACACUGGCAGGGGCCACCCCUUAGACUGACAGCCCAAGGGCCCAGCAGUGGGGCCAGCGGAGCCCAUCUCCGGCGGGGCCGAGCAGGAAGUGGGGUGGAGUUUGGGGCCCAACGAGGUAGGAUCUGGUACCCCACGACUGCUGCCAGCCAGACCCACCAACCCGCUGGGAGAAGAUGCCUGGUGGUGCCAGACUCCUUCAAGCUCGGCCUGCCAUUGUCUUCUUCGUCUUGCUUGAGGCCGCUGGCCUGUGUACUGGCCUGGGCACCAAGGACAAGACCCUGCCGGUCGUUGACCACUGGGACCCGCCAUCAAUGGUCGUGAUCUUGGGGGAUGAUGCCCGCCUCCCAUGCCUGCACAAUAGCAGCAACCCCAGCAGCCAUACCAAUAUCACAUGGUGGCGCAUUCUCCACGGCAACUACACCCACACGUGGCCACCUCAGUAUGAGGGCGAGGGCCAGGGCCCCACGGGUGAGAUGACCAUCCCGUCAGUGAACAAGAGCCACGUGGGCAUGUACAGGUGCAAAAUCCACUAUGGUAACAGGAGCGUACAAUCCUGUGGCACCUACCUCCUCGUGCGUGAGCCAUACCCCAGACCCUUCCUGAACAUGGGGGAGGGCACCAAGAACAACAUCAUCACAGCCGAAGGGAUUAUCCUGCUGUUCUGUGCGGUGGUGCCCGGGACACUGCUGCUGUUCAGGAAACGAUGGCAGAAUGUGAAGUUUGGAAUAGACGCCCAGGAUGACUAUGAAGAUGAAAAUCUUUAUGAGGGCCUGAACCUCGAUGACUGCUCCAUGUACGAGGACAUCUCCCGGGGCCUCCAGGGCACCUACCAGGACGUGGGGAGCCUCCACAUCGGAGAUGUCCAGCUGGAGAAGCCGUGACCGUGACCAGCUGGGCUGCCCCUGCCUGCUGUCCUCCCAACUCCCGUGUCUCUCCCGCUCCCUAGAACCCGCUCUUUUCACAAUCUUUCCUGGGAGUGUCCCGCACUGCCUUCCCCCUUGGGAGUGUCUGUUCUUCUUCCCUCUGCACUGUCCUCAUGUCUGGCACACACCCUAACUCGGUCCUCCCCCUGCUGCCUUUCCCUGGCUCCCACCCACCCAGCCAGCCGGUAAUGAGCCCUUAAUCGCUGCCUCUAGGGGAGCUGAUUGUAGCAGCCUCGUUAGUGUCGCCUCCCCCCUCCCUGCUCUGUCAUGGCCACUUAGUGAUAAUAAAUCCUUCCCCAUUGCAGACCUUGGCAGCAAUCAUGGAUCUCAUGGAGACCGCCUACCCUCCUCCCAUGGGACCCAGGAGUCCAGGCACGCAGCCCCUUCCUCCCUCAAACCCACACCUGGGACCAAGUGGCCAGUCUUGGCUGACCCCUGAGAGAAACAGGAAGUGCCUUAGGGAGGGUUCUGUGGCAGGCCAUGUCUUCCCUGAAUAUGGGGGAUACACAAGGAGGGAAUCGAGGUGACCAGAAUUAUUUAUGCGUAUCUAAAUUCCAGAAUCACAGAGGAUUGUCUGGUGACACUGGUACCAAAUUCUACUGUGGCCACACCUGUUCUCUGCGAGUGGAUUUGUGGCGGGGGGGAUUGGGAGAGUCUGUGGCCUUAACUUGGGGACGGUAGGGGAGACCCAGGGUCAAUGACAGAGAAGCACAGAGAUGCAGAGUUUCUGAGAUAGAGAGGAGAGAAAGACUGAGGCAGAAAGAUAAGGACGGAGAGACAGAGAUGCUGAGAAAGAUACAGAGACGAGAUAGAAAAGAAAGAAGAUUCCGCAGAAAAUAGGACGGAGAGAGGCUGACCCCUGAGACUCCAGGCAAAGCGGGCGGUGGGGAAAUGACUGAGAUGGCGAUGCGGAGACGCAGAGACGGGAAGAGAAGCGCUCCGAGGGAGAAAGCGACCGCGCAAAAGAGGGACACCGGGGAGCGGGAGGGAAAGACCCCGACUUUGAAAAGGGGCGAAAGAGACAGAGAGAGGGACACGGACAGAAACACAGCGAGGCGGAGAAAGAGGAAGACGGAGAGACACACAGAGA